GAAACAAACAAAAUCAAGUUCUACUUUUUUUUGUUUGCAUAGAAUCGAGAUCAUCUAUGGCGGUGAUUAGUCCAGCUACACGUUUCGCACCGCCGCUGAACCGGCCUUUUCACCGCCGAUCAAUACUUGCCUCGUUUCAUUCUUCCUCUAGGAACUUCCUCUUCCUCGGAAAACCCACUCCGAGCUCGACGAUCGUUUCCGUCCGGUGCCAGAAACCUGUUUCCGACGGGGUUAGCUCUAUGGAAUCCAUGAAUCACGUUGCAUCUUCAGUUUCGUCUUCGAUCGAUUUCCUAACGUUGUGUCAUCGUCUCAAGACAACAAAGAGAAAAGGGUGGAUUAAUCAGGGGAUAAAUGGACCUGAAUCAAUUGCUGAUCAUAUGUACCGUAUGGCUCUAAUGGCACUUAUAGCUGGUGAUCUUACUGGAGUUGACAGAGAAAGGUGUAUAAAAAUGGCAAUUGUGCAUGAUAUCGCUGAAGCUAUUGUUGGAGAUAUUACCCCAUCUGAUGGUGUGCCUAAGGAAGAAAAGAGUAGGAGGGAGACAGCAGCUUUAAAAGAAAUGUGUGAGGUUCUUGGUGGAGGCCUCAGAGCGGAGGAGAUCACAGAACUUUGGCUGGAGUAUGAGAACAAUGCUUCUUUAGAAGCAAAUAUUGUAAAAGACUUUGAUAAGGUGGUUAAUGGGUUUCGAGUUUGCAACAAUCGAUGGCGUUAAUUCCUGUUUCCUGUUAAGAGUCAAAACUUACUCAACACAAGGGUUACACUGACUCUCGUCUCUAUUACUGUUUUAGGUUGAGAUGAUUCUCCAGGCGCUAGAAUAUGAAGCUGAACACGGGAAAGUGCUCGACGAGUUUUUCAUAUCAACAGCAGGCAAGUUUCAAACAGAAAUUGGAAAAAGCUGGGCUGCUGAGAUCAACGCUAGGAGAAAAAGCCAAUUGACAAACAGGCAGAGAUAGUAAAAUCCAGUUGCAUCAUACCUUCAAUCUUCCUCAACUAUCAACAGUAGAAUCUCGGAAACUAAGCAGACUCCUCAUGAACCAAAAGGUACAAGCUUCUAGUGAAAUUUUCAGUUUUGUAGUUCAACGAACACAAAGUCCUUGUUUUUUUAACUUCCCCUUUUGGUUACUAGUUGAAGUAGAAAAUGCUUUUUUUUUUGAGAAAAGUGAUCAAAGUUUCUUAUGAAAAUCUGAAGUUCGAGGUUCCUAAUAUGAUUAUGUUGUAGUCACAACCCAAUUGAAACAUAUCACACACUCUUGUAGUUGUUAAUGUUUAUCAUAAAUGAUAUAUAUGCAUUUCUCUGACCCCA